AUGUUGCUGUCGUCAACAGCGGAAACAAUAGCGACACGGGUUCAUCUAAGGGCACUCCUAUGCAAAUAUGAGCUGCGCAAAACGGUUUCUUACGGACUUCAGGGAUACGUAAGGGACGGAUUAAAACCAUUAAAAUGGAUCUUUCUAAUAAGUGUAUGGCAUCCACUGUUAUCACCAAUAUUAUUAUUAUUAUUAUUAUUAUUAUUAUUAUUAUUAUUAUUAUUAUUAUUAUUAUUAUUAUUAUUAUUAUUACUAUUACUAUUAUUAUUAUUAUUAUUAUUAUUAUUAUUAUUAUUAUUAUUAUUAUUAUUAUUGUUAUUAUUAUUAUUAUUAUUAUUAUUAUUAUUAUUAUUAUUAUUAUUAUUAUCAAAAAGGAUAAAGUCACUGGCGUAUCAAUCCACUUGGGAUGCACCAAAUGCGUUUUUUUACUGGAAUUCGUAG